AUGUCAAAGCCAAUUUUUAUUCUCUUCACGUUGGCUUUACUGCUUGGAAUUAUUUCAGGGGAUACAAUUGUAAGCGUGGUGUCGACUUUUCGACAUGGGGCAAGAUCGCCUAUAGAUAAAUCAUCAUGGGACUUAGGAGUGUGGCCUCAAGGAUAUGGCGAAUUAACUCCUGAAGGGUAUAGGCAACAUUAUUUGAAUGGGAAGGAAAUGGCUUAUAGGUAUAUAGAGCAAGCUCAGCUGAUAAGCCCAAAGUUUAGCGUUUCUGAGAUUUACAUUCGAUCAACUGAUUUGAAUCGAACUGUAAUGAGUGUGCAAAGCCAACUAUAUGGAAUGUUCUCAAAUGGUCCUCAACUCGCACAGACAGCAUUCAAUCAAAAAGCAGUUCCUCCACUCCUCAAUGUUCAAAACCAGCAGCAAGCUAUUACAGCAUUAGGAGAACAUGCACUUCCUAAUGGUUACCAGCCAGUUCCAGUUCAUGUUGUCUCAGCAAGUUAUGAUAACAUGCUGGUCGGAAGCUCAAUUGCAGCGUGUCCUAGAAUGGCAGAAAUUCUGCAGGCGCAGCAACAAACUGAUAUUUACAAACAAAAAGUUGCAGCUUAUACCCAAGGGCUACAAAAACAAAAAUAUAUAACCAUUUACAGCACAUAAGAUAAUAAGGAUUUAUUUAUCAUAUAAAAAGAAUUCAUUAUAAAUGGUUAUCUCAAGUUUUUGGGAUAACUGUUUCCUAUGAAGUCGCAGGAUAUAUGGCCGACACAUUGACUACUGACAAGUUUCAUAAGUUUGACUGGCCUCCAGGAGUUACUGACGAAAUGUAUUAUCAAAUGUAUGGAAAUCAGAACUAUACAAACAGCUAUUUUUAUACACCUGAAGCCUCAAGCUUGGCUGGGUCUCAAUUUUUCCAAGCCAUUUUAGACCAGUUUGAUGGGACUAUCAGCGGUACAUCCACAAGGAAAUUUGGAUUUUAUUCAGCCCAUGAUACAACACUUAUAGCAUUUUUAAAUUUCCUUGGAGUUUUUGAUGGGAAUAACCCUAUUUAUGCGUCCACUUUGAUUUUUGAGCUUCAUAACAAUAAUAAUGCCUAUGCUGUCCACAUUUCUUAUAAUGGUGCCUCAAUUCUACUUGAUGGGUGCGUAGAUCCGUGCCCUUAUGCAACAUUUAAAGAAAUGAUGCAGGAAAAAAUCAUUGCUAAUGUAACGGAAGCCUGCCAGUUGCAGAAUGAUGAAGCUGAGCUGAGUUAUAAUUAUAACCCCUACCUUGAUAUCAACGCUUUAUCAUAA